GGCCCACAGGGGGCGCAGACUUGAGCGGGGUUGAGUCUUCGCUAUCUCUCAGAAGCAGCCUAGGUCCGGAACUCCAGGCUCUGCCCACCACCAGGAAGCACAGAGAGCGAGAGCGUCCACCCUGUGCACUACGGACCCGGAACCCCGGCAGAAACUGGGAGGGAGCUGGCGGUGCGGCUCGUCGGGGAGGCGGCGUACGCGGGAAGCGGGCCGAGCCCUCCUCAGCGGCCGGGGAGUGCGCUGCUCAGCGCCGCGCAGAGCCUGGAGCGCGGCGGCUGGGGGAGGCCGGGAGCAACAGGUAAGGCCACGGUAGGGCGCAGGGAGGGCUCUGUCCGUCGUCUUGGAGGCAGCCAGCUAGUCCUUGCGCUUUGUGACCACGCAGAAGUUAAAGGCGGCUAGGAGGGACCUCUGUGCACUGGCCACCGCUGCCCCACCAGGAAAGCCCGGCAGCGGGCUUGCGUCUCCGAAUCCUUUCGGCAAGGCCUGGCAGAAGGACAGAGCCGCCGGACACGGACCUGAGCGCAGCCGCCAGGCACCGACCCGGACUUGCCCACCCAUCCGGGAAAGCUCUCGCUGAAGACUCGAGCGCCAGGUGACUGGGAGCUCGGCAAUCCCGGCGCUUGCUUGCCCGGACAGACACUCCUCCAGCGCGCUCCGCUGCCCUGGGCUGGGGCGCCCGCGUGGGUGAUGGAGCUGGCGGCCGCAAACCUCAGCGCUGGGAACGGGAGCGGACAGAGCCCCCUUGCCGCCGAGCCGUGGCCGCUCUUCGGCAUCGGUGUGGAUAACUUCAUCACACUGGUGGUGUUUGCUUUGAUCUUCAUCUUGGGCGUGCUGGGCAACAGCCUGGUGAUCACAGUGCUGGCUCGCAGCAAGCCCGGCCAGCCGCGCAGCACCACCAACCUGUUCAUCCUCAACCUGAGCGUCGCCGACCUGGCCUACCUGCUUUUCUGCAUCCCCUUCCAGGCCACGGUGUACGCGCUGCCCACCUGGGUGCUGGGCGCCUUCGUCUGCAAGUUCACGCACUACGUAUUCACGGUGUCCAUGCUGGUCAGCAUCUUCACUCUGGCUGCGAUGUCCGUGGACCGCUAUGUGGCCAUCGUCCACUCGCGGCGCUCCUCCUCCCUCAGGGUGUCCCGCAACGCGCUCCUGGGCGUGGGCUUCAUCUGGGCGCUGUCCAUCGUCAUGGCCUCGCCCGUGGCCUACCACCAGCGCCUCUUCCACAGGGAUGUCAGCAACCAGACCUUCUGCUGGGAGCAGUGGCCCAACCCGAGCCACAAGAAGGCCUACGUGGUGUGCACCUUCGUCUUCGGCUACCUGCUGCCUCUUCUGCUCAUCUGCUUUUGUUAUGCCAAGGUUCUUAAUCAUUUGCAUAAAAAGUUGAAGAACAUGUCCAAGAAGUCAGAAACAUCAAAGAAAAAGACAGCGCAGACGGUCCUGGUGGUGGUGGUGGUAUUCGGGAUAUCUUGGCUGCCACACCACAUUAUCCAUCUCUGGGCUGAAUUUGGGGCCUUCCCGCUGACCCCGGCUUCCUUCUUCUUCAGGAUCACUGCGCACUGCCUGGCCUACAGCAAUUCCUCGGUAAAUCCUAUCAUAUAUGCAUUUCUCUCUGAAAAUUUCAGGAAGGCCUAUAAGCAAGUGUUCAAGUGCCAUAUUAAAAGUGAAUCACCUCUCAACGAGAACAAAGAAAACAAAAGUCGGAUAGACACCCCACCAUCAACCAACUGUACUCACGUGUGAAGAAGUCACAUGGGGUUUGCCUGCCCAGUUCCCAUGCAUGUGGCUCAUAAGAGGAAAUUCAGUGCGCUAUUGAGCCAUGUUGCAACUUGUUAUCCCAAUAACAAUUCAUAUUAUUUUAGGUACAUUCCACUUAUGUUACAGGGAACUCUGGUUCGUUUAGGAGAUUCCUAGGUCCAGUGAAGAUUAUUGUUCAGUUUUAUUUUAUCUCUUACUUAUAAAUCAGACACAAAAGAAAAUGCUGUGUAAUUUUAUACCUCUUGAGGAGUGAAACCUUCAUAGUAUUUUAUAGAUAUGUUUAAUUCUUUAUAGAAUAAAAAACAACCACUUAAAUAUGGUGAGAAAUAUUUGCAGUGUGCAUUUUGAAGCAGAUUUAUCUAGAAAAAAAUUUGUGCUUUAAUUCUUCAAUGUUAAAAGAGGCAAUAUUAUAAGCUGUGUUUUAAAAUACAGUCAUGAAUACAGAGUGUUAAUUUUACUCACCAUUUAUGUGGAGAUACAUCUUCUAAGUGAGAAAGAGACUUUCUGCUGUCUGAGUACACAGAGGGCCUCCACUCCCACUUGUAAAUAGUGUUCAGAGCUAAGGAAGUCACACGAUGUCUGUUUGUGACCUCCAGACUCACGUAGUUCAUCUCAGGAGAUCAGCACAGGAUUGAAGCAGUGACUCUGUCCAUUACAACUCCCCUAUAAACUUGGACUUUUUGAGGUAACUAAGUGGAGCCAGGGGAAGACCUCAAGAACAACUGUUCUCACUGUAGAAGAUGUGGAUGAGUUUCUGAGAAUAAAACUGGUUAUCUUAUGUAUGUACCUGGCUCAGGUAUUAGCUACGCCUUAUAUGGAACCAACUACCCAACCAUAUGGAGAGUUUUAAAAAGUCAUAAGGAUGAUGUGUACACAGCAAUUUCUAUGGAAUCAAAGAUGGAACAGAAUCCAGUAGUCAUGUGCGUAACCAUCAAGCCAUGUGGAUAAAGCAUUCUAAAUGAUUGAUCUCUUGUGAAAGAAUAUACUUAGGAAUAUUCUACCUUGUACAAUUAAUUAAAUUUGUAGUAAUGUUUCAAUAUAUGUUUUCCCCGAAUAGUCCCUCUGAUAAUGUUUGUUUGGGGUUAAAACUAUCAUACUUGAGUUAUAAAUGUAAUUUUCAUAUUUAUGUUUGCAAUGAAAAAAUGGUAUGGAAAUAUUAAAUUACCCUAUAUUAGGAGAGUUAUUUUCAGACUGUAAGACUAAUAUAUUUUAGGAGACAAAAGGAAGAACACUUUGUUUUUAUAAAAAGAAUUUUGCCUAAUGUGUACCAAUGCCAGAUCAGGACUCCAUAUAAAAUGUCAAAUUUUUGUUAAAAACAAAUUCAGUGUAAGCCUGAGGCAUGUUAACUUUUCUGGCUCAUCAAUUUAUUUUCAGUAACUAUACCCGAGUGAAUAGUACAGUGUUUACAUUUGUAUAAAUAAAGCCCUGGGCAGAAUAAGAGGAAACUGCUAGAACAAUGAGAAAUUAUGAAUUUUCAUGUUUGUUCCUAGGGAAAGAGGCAUUGUAUGAGCGUAUGUGAGUAUUUUAAAGAAUAUUGUAAGUCUUUUGCAUGGAAGUAUUUUGUAUUUUAUGGAAAUACAGGAGCAGAAAUAUUAUAUCUUGGAAAUGAUACCUCAUGUGAUUUGUGGGACUUGAAGCCACCAUGCAGAUGCUGGAACAGUUUUUUGUAUAUGAAUUCAUGGUGUACAAAGACAUGCCCCUUGGCUGUGGUUGGACUUGCAUGCACAAGCAGGAUGAUUUUAUUUCCAUGUUGUCUUCUGUUUUAUAGGCACAUUAAUGGAAGCAUUAAAAAUAUAAUGGGUAAUGCUUCCUUCCCUUUGCUAGCCGCAUUGGGCACAUUUAUUGCCUCAGCCCUACCCAGAUGCUGCUGGCCUGGCAGAGACUAGAGGCACAGCACAGAGGUGACUAGUGGCACUUGCAAGCCCCCAAGUUUGCUAAACAUAGAUGCACACACUAUAUUUUAUAGUUACAUAGGAUAUUCUUCCUGCAUGUUGCUGUGCCAAAUUCUAUUUAGAAUUUAGGUUGAGUCUACUUCUGAGACCAGUUUUGAUAUUAACAAUAGCUUACUUUCUGCUGUGAUCUAAAAAUACAUGAAAUGUUCUGAAUGGGGUGUAGUAGAGACCCUAUGACAGAUCACUUACCCAGAGAUGUGCAAGCGGAGCGUUUGCCAGGCUUCUGCUUCCAAGGUGGAUUUUUCCCUACUAUAUAGUUCACCAUGCCCAGUUCGAAAGCAUUCUCCCUUGCCUGACUUAGUGAAGAGGCCUCCUAGACACAUGCCUUUUCUCCAGCAGCCAGGCUGAAGGAGAAAAGUUGUGUGUGGCUUUGAAGUCAGGCCGCUGGAGAGCCAGGGUUUUCAGUGUGCUUCAAAGAAAAUUGAUGCUGUCUCCAGAUUUAGCUGCUUUGGUGUCCCAAGGUAGCUGUUAUUUUUUUCCUAGGAGUUUUGCUUUUACACUGGGAGAUGGGUUCUGAAGCACUUAAAUAGCUGAUGCUUGCUGCUUCCCAUGUGCGAGCAGCAAGUCCAGUUCCCCACCAAUGAAUACAGUGAGGUGGUCGGAAGUACUUUCUUGUUCUGCUUCCCCAAGAGACAUCCUGAUAGAUGGAGUCUGUGCUAUCUUCACCAUGUAUGUGCUCAGGAAUGUGGGAUACUGAGGCAACUUUCUGGAUGUUUUAGGAAAACUUUGCUUUUAACUAAAUUGCUCUAUUUUACACAUUGAGAGUAGCUUAAUCAUUUCCUGGCCGCUGGGGUGCCAAUCUCUUGUGCUUUUUUUUUUUUAAUUUCAACUUACUUCUCUCCAGAAUUCCUCCUUCUAAUGUUUACCAUAGUUAGAUUCUUCCUUUGGCUCAGAUACAAUGAGUUAGAGAGGCAGGGAGAGAUGCUGGCUGAAUCACAUGAGUCAUGCACAGCCUCUGACUUCUCAUGACUCGUCUUGCAAUCCUGAGGUUGAAGAUUAUUGCCUUUUCUCAGUUCUCUCAGUAUCUCUGAGACAGUGCUGUGAUAAUUCCUCUCUAUUAACUGGAACCCAAGAUCAGGCUGCUUCUGUGCAGGAGUGGAUGGCUUAACCUAAGCAUCUGCUUCCUUUCCAUAUGUGGUUGUGGAUACAAGUUGUAAAGUGCUUGUGUGGAAGCAGCAUUACAUUGUGUAGCUUCAUCAUGCUCUUGCUUAAAAAGCUUUAUUAAAUACAUGUAUAUAAAUUAUAUAAUCAAGUGAAUUGGGCUAAAGCACCAAUCUGACUACUUCCUUGGGAAACUCAAUAUUUGAAAUGUGUAAAUUUUCAUCUACAUUAU